AAAGAAGAAAACUGGACAGAGGAUAAACGGAAAGAACAUAAUGCAUAUACUAAAAGCUUGGCCACGAUAGUAGCAUCCGGAGCAAGGGAACAACGGCCUAUGGCUCUUUCUGCUUUGAAUACCUUUACAAUGUUCCCAAGUUAUUCAACAUCAACGGCAACUUAUCAAUCUGAACAGUUCGUUAUUGACCUAUCUCAUUACCACAUCACAACAACUUAUCAAUUUGAACAGUUUGUUACCGACCUAUCGUGCUUGAUACGAAUUCAAGAGGCAAAUACUGACGAGGUAAAGGACUUCUGGAGAGGCGUUGAAAGAGAUAGAAAUUCCAAGGAAUAUGAAACUGUUCUCGAAAAUUUAGAUAUGGCAUUCACCGUGGAGCGUACAUUGGAACAUAACUAUUAUAUAAGUGAAGUGGGACAACGGCGCAGACAGGUUAUGAAACGCACUUCCGAAAAUUACCAAGAGAAAGAAAAUAAAAGCAAUUAUUCUUUGAGAAAAAAACAGCGUAUAAAUUAUAAUGAGGAAGAAAUGUUCAGGAGGCAAUGCCAAGACAGAGAAACUUCGCCAUCGCCAUUCCGACCUGCAGGCAACCUCCCUCUUCCAUUUGAUAACAGCCAUGAAUCUGACGAUUCGGAUACUGGCAUCGAAUCUAACUGCCCGGCAAUAAUUAAUGAUGUUGUAGGACUGCAAUUGGGACCUUUACCUCGAAAAGAGUCCAGAUGGCUAGUAAAUGAUAUUGAUGUUUCUCAGAAGUGGCAUUUUUUUAAGGAGAAAUCAUUGGAAUUGGCGAAUAGAGAGGGCCUUUUUGUAGAAAGCCACACACAACAGAUAUUGUCCUUAUCGCACAUUCUGUUGUUGAAGCCCAAACAACAUUGUCCGUUAAUGGUGGAAGUCUUUGGUGAUGAAAUAUUGAAAAUGAUGCACAAAGAUAUCAUACAGAGACUUACCAAGCAAAUGGAGUUUGACGAUGAAAUAUUGAUAAAACUUGUUCGCAUUGUCAAGCGCCUACAACGGGAGGAGAUCACCAGAGACAAUGCAGUUUCGGAACUGCAAAUUCUUGCAGUUGGUCGUUCUUAUGGAGAAUGUGCAAUUUUGAAGGCCAUAAGAAACAUCAUCGAAAGAGUACCAAGAGCCACAUUAAAAAGCCCCAUUGGAGAAGUGGAGCUGUGCACCACUUACAUUGAUCCAAUUCUCAGCCCACUUUUUAUGGAUCCUGAUCGCGGUAUAUUCCUACGAUGGUCAAAUAAAGAGGCAGUAGAAUCCAAGGCUAGAAAGCCAAUAGGCAGGGCCAAACAAUCUGAUGCUAUCAUCAAUGAAAUCGAUCAACUGUCUUGGAACUUGAGCAAAGGACAUGGUGAAGCAAAAGUUCAAGAAGAGGGGAACAACCUUUACCUCCUUUGUACUGACCUCAUCCGGGUAGCUGUGUUUAACAAAGAUGCGAUCGACUUUUAUAACAUGAAUUGUAUGCUCGGAUUUCAGGUUGUUGGGCAACAUAUCACAUUCUAUCUCACCACUCUUUUGUGUGACGCCUUAUAUAUUAUGGUGGAAGUUGGCCAUGUUGAUGUGCCUAUGUCACUUGAACAGGUUCCUGCCUUCCUCACUAGCCUUGAUACGCUUCUCAUCAUAUCCAAUGCGUUUUGGGCCAACUGUAUUGUGUCUACUGAAAAAAAAGAUCCAAGUGGGCGCAACACUCUUGCAACACCAAGCUUUAAAGCAAUAAUUUCAAAGAACCGGGAUCGACAUCGACCUU